UUACAUGUAUUGAGUGUACUUUUAUUUAGUUUUUUCGUAUUACAUAGAUUUUACUAUAGUACAAUAGUCUGCACGUAGCAUCAGUGGUAGCGGUAAUAGUAAAUAGACAUACAUAUAUAUACAAAUAUAUAACACGAGUAGAUGUAAAGGUGGGCUGGAGGUGUGCUCUACCUUUUAUUCACCAGCAUACUUAGUUAUAUUGUCACUUUCCAUCCGGUUGGUCGCAGUAUCCUCGUUAUCGUCCCUCUAAUCAACUCAAAUCUCUGGCGCCUAUUAAUUUUUAAAUUUAAAUUAAAAGUUUAGCGGUUCAUUAAGUGAAGUUGAAACUAAAUUACUGUCAAACUGUUUCGCAAAAGAUUCCGAUAAUGUCCAACAGACCGGUGAGCGCGACGACGAGACAGGAGGCGGAAAUGAUUAACAAGGCCCAGAGGGCCAUUCAUACCGCCGAAGAUUCUAUAGAGAAACUUCGGCUGCUCUGUUUAGCCAGAGGUGCUGGGGGUAUUCUUGGGCUGGCAAGAAUAUUUCGUCGCAUGGAUGAAGAUGGUAAUAAGCAGUUGACCAAAGAAGAACUUGUUGAGGGAUUCGAGGCCAUGAAUUUUGAAUUCGAAGACGAAGAAAUUGAUCAGAUGAUCGCUAAAUUGGAUACUGAUGAAAGCGGGACUAUUGAUUUAAAUGAAUUUAUUACUGCGAUUAGACCUCCGAUGUCUGAGAGCCGUAUAAAACUAGUCGAGCAAGCGUUUCAAAAACUUGAUAAGACUGGUGACGGAGAGAUAACAGUUGCUGAUCUCCGCGGGGUCUACAAUGUCAAAUGUCAUCCAAGAUAUAUAAGCGGCGAGGAGAGCGAGGAGAGUAUCUUGAAUAAAUUUUUGGGAAACUUUGAGCAAGAGAGUUCUAAAGACGGUGUCGUAACCAUGGAAGAAUUUAUGAAUUACUACAGUGCAAUAAGUGCUAGCAUUGAUCACGAUGCAUAUUUUGAUCUCAUGAUUCGCAAUGCCUACAAAUUAUAAAUUAAAAAAAAACCCAAUAAAAUUGUCGGAUUCAAAUUUGCCGCGCUAAUAAAUUUUGAAAAUAAAUUACAUACUAAUUUAAUUAAAAAUAAUCGCGCCUGCGAAGUAAAAUUAUGAAACUGAAGGAAUUAAAUUUUUUUAAAUGAAAUAUUUAUUAUUUAAUUAGCGCAUGCCCACGUGUUCAUAUAAAAUACAAAUUUCAAGUAUUUUUUUUUUUAUAAAUAAAUCAUAAAGCUUUUAAUUAUCGACAUUCCAUAAAUUAAAUCGUACUUAUACUCUCAUUGUCAGUUAAUUAAAUAAAUUUUUCAUCCACAGCUUAAUUAUUUACAAAAUGUAUUAAUUAAUUAUUUAUUGUUUAGAGACUAGUGUACUGUACUCUGAUUACAAAUAAAUAAUUAGUAAAAAAAAAAAAUAAAAUAAUAAUUUUAACUGGAAUGAAAUAUCAAUAGAAAAAUAAUUAAACUGACGUAAUAAUAAUUUUGAAAACCGGAAAAAAAUGUCAAAGGUGUUUGCGUUGCACAAUUCUGUAAUAUAAAGACUUAUUUUAUCAACUAAAUAAAUCCGGUCAUUCAACUGUAACUUAAUACUUUUAAAAUUUAUAUAAUAACAAGCAUGAAAUAUUUAAUUAUAAUAAUAAUAUUUAUUUAAUUUGAUAAUUAUUUCUCUAUAAAAAAAUAAUAAAGGAAAAUAAAAUAAAUUUCUGUUUUGAGAGUAAGGAAAUAAAAAUAUAUGAAAGUUAAAUAUAUUAAUCAUUCAAAGACUCAAUUAGUGAUUAAUUAUAAUGAACAAGAA